UCACAGUGGUUCUGAAAUUGCGCUAAUUCACCGAUUCACUAGGAGCAGGCCCCAUACUUUUCAUUUGCAAAAUUUGUUUUGGUACCGUACCGGUAGUCAUUUUAGCCAAAGAGACUAUAAACUUUAGCCAGUAGACCUGUUGAAAUCGAGGUCCAAGGAUAAAAUACAUUUGCUUAUACUAUUACAACGAGGAAGAUAUUUACUAACGGACUACGUUAUCUUAUUAUCUGAUAUAGGCUAGUGCUGUACCGGUACUUCCGUUCUUACAUCUGCAUAUGGGAACAAUGAAAAAAUCCGUUCAAUGUGUUGACGAUGCUAAAUCUGGACCACAUUCUUUCGAAAGUUAUGAAGAUAUGAUGAACAAAUUCAUAUAUUUCAAUAGCAUUUGUUCAUAUCGUUGGAGAAAAACACAACAUCAAGGGAAAAUGUAUCUAAAGCCAGAAGAAUUUCACAUUGUGAUGAAAUCUAAAAGAAAUUUAUCCUGGUCAUCUCGAGGCCGAAAAGCAAAAGGUGUUACUCUUGAAUUUGAUGGAAUUCCAUAUGUUAUCAUUGGAAGAGAAUUUUUCACCUGUCAUCAAGGACCAGAUGUCGAUAGAUUACAAAAAGCAAAGAAGAGAAAAUUGGAAGAAACUAAAAUAAAUCAAGAUCCAACUUAUUCAAUUAAAAGAAGAACAAAUUUCCAAACCACGAAAAAGAAAAACUGUCCAGCGACUGUUGAGAUGUUAUACAUUGUUAAAAUUUUGAAUUUGAAGAUAUCGAAAGAUAAUAGGUGGGAUCGUGCUCUAGCUGCUCAGAAUUUUCAUACAAAGUAUGACUGGGAUUUCAAGCAUGAAUAUCAUAUUUAUCUGCCAUCGAAAAUGGAGCAUAAAGGUCAUCCAAUAAUUAAAGAGGACUGCAAAUAUCUAUCCCAUUUACUCAAGGAUUCGAAAGUGGAAAAUAAUAUAAACAUUGUUGUGUCAAAGGAUUAUACUAAUUCUUACAUAAAUCAACCCCACAAAGGGGGUCCCUUGGAGAGUGCGAUAGUAGAAUCUGAAGAGGCCAAUGUUUUACUUGAAGUUCAGAACGAUGAAAUGUCAUUGGAAGAAAAAUGCAAAGAAUUGACUUCAGAUGCCAAUUAUUUUGUUAGGGAAAACGACAAUGCAAAUGGGACAAACUUUUUAUUUGUUUAUCAAUGUCAUUGGCAGAAACGUCUUCUUUCACUUUACGGCAACGAAGUUUGUUUUGUGGAUGCUGGCCAUAGAACAUGUAACUUUUCACUCCGAACAUUUUUUCUUCGUGUCAAAACCAAUGUUUGUCAUAUUGUUGUUGGAUUGUUUAUUUGUGAAAAAGAAGACAAUUUUUCAAUUAAAGAAGCUUUGUCAAAAUUAUCAUGUUGGAAUGAAAAAUGGGCUCCGAAGAAUUUUUUAACGGAUUAUGCAACAUUAAAAUCUCAAGGAAUAUCGUCCGUUUUCCCUAAAAGCAAUGUAAAUUUAUCUGAUUAUUAUCGGGAAAAAGAAUGGUCUGAAUGGCUUUGUCAAGAAGAAAAUUGUCUGAGAGAUUCAAGUAUUGAAAUACUGAAGUUGGUACGGGCAAUUGCAAGAACUACCAGCGUCUGUAGCUAUGAAAUUGCAAAGAAGCAGUUACAACAGAGCAGUAUCUGGACUGAAUCUUUGGUUCUGCAAGCUUAUUAUAACACUGUAUGGCAACCUGUUGAAGAUAAAUGGGUCCAAGGCUUUCGUGAUGAAUCAAAAAAUAUUCUUGUGCUGAGUAAAGUUGGCUCAGAAAAGGAAAAUGAUUGGAUAAAGAAUUCUAAGCUUCCAGAUUGUUGUGAAUUGCCUGUUAUAAGGUUGUUUGAAGUUUUAGUGAAUGAAUUCUUUCCAGAAAAGCUAUAAAAAAUACUUUGAUCUAAAUCUACGAAGCAGUGAAGGAUACAGGAAUUAUCAUGAAAGUAUACCUACAUUCUUGCAUAACAGACCCCGAUAUCUCAUCGAACAUAUUAUGAAGAGAGUUACCAGUGAACUUCAGUUGAGCAUG